AUGGGGUCCUUCAUCCGCUCGGCUUCCCGGCUAAUCAUCAGACGGGUGCCUCGAGAAGGUCGCAUAGACGAAGAACAAUUUCUAGGGCACGGGGCCGAGACGGCAGCUCCGGACCCGGCAACCACGGCACAGUCGGCACAGUCGACACAGGGAACACCAGCGGUGGAAGUGCCAGAGGCUGUCACACAUGCACCACCCCUUCACAACUGGACCUACCGCGUUCCCGAAGAUGAUCCGUUAACGCUCUACCGCCUUAUGGUGGGCAUCAGCACGUCACCAUACCUAGGCUACAGCGUAAAAAGCCCGGUGGGGACACGCCCAGCGGCCAAUAUCGGUAUAUACACGCGCGUCGUCUCGUCGGAGCAGAAAGCGAAGGACAGCUUCAAGGUCUACUCGGUAGUCAUCAACGCGUGCUACUUCUUCCAGAUCGUGGUAGCGGCGUCGCUGACGGCCAUGGGCGCGGCGGGGGCCAACAACGGCGUGAUCACGGCGUUCGGAGCCAUCAACACCAUAAUCGCAGGCUUCCUGACCUUCCUCAAAGGGUCGGGGCUGCCGUCGCGGCUCAAGUACUACGGCGACGAGUGGAAGAAGAUCCGCGAGUAUAUUGAGCAGCGGGAGCGCGACUUCUCACGCGCCGGCUGCUCGCUCGACGUUCACGAGGUCGUCGCCACCAUCGACCGCAUGUACAACAACACGAAGCGGGAGAUCGAGAUGAACACACCCGACAGCUACACCUCGGUCACGGGCAACGUGCGCACCCACCUCCACCGCCACCACCAACACGUGCACAAGGACGCAAGCCUAGACGACAGCGACGACGGGAACAUCACCGACCGCGCUCCCGGCGCCGACGCCGCGCGGCUCGAGAGCGUGGCCGCGAAGCUGCGCGGCAUCGACGAGCGCAUCGCGGCCGGCUUCGCGCGCGAGAUCGACGAGGAGAUCCGCAGGAUCGAGCACGCCAUCGCGCGCGGCGUCGAGGACCGUGCCGCCCUCCUCGAGCGCGAAGCCCGCGAGCUCCGCGCCCAGGCCGCCGCCGGCUGUGCACGCGAGGAGGCGCCGCACACUGACGGCGUGCCGGCCGCCGACGGCGAGGAGGAGGCGCCGCGUAGUCGAGAUCCGGGAGAAGAAAUGCGACGGGCCCAGCCACAGGGGCAACAACGACAUCAGCAGCAGUAG